UUCUUCAUAUGUUUUAGCCUCCAGUCCCCUAAUCAUCUUUGUUGCUCUUCUCUGUACUCUUUCUAGAGUUUCAAGUUCUUUUUUUACAUCGUGGUGAUCCUAGAAAGCUGGUGACCCCACGGAUAGAAUCCCAAUUUUAUGCCUCUGUUAUCACCCUCUGAAAAUAGGUGGAGGUUGCAAUUCUAUAUUUAAAAAACAGGACUGGCAUGUAUAAGCAGUCAGAGCCGACAAAGCCAGGAAACACGUCUCAACUGCACAAUUUGAGGGGAUAUUUCAAUCAGGGCGUUUCCUGCACUUGCAGAUAAACACUAGAGAGGGGGGAAAAACACACACAACCACAAUCAGGUUGCUGGGUUUAGCGUGUUGCACAAACGUGGCCAUGGCUAAGGCUAUGUCAGCAUAUCACAAUCACACGGUGGAUUGUGGCUUUUUCUGUGAAACAGGAUAAAGCAAUGCUUGGCUGGAGGGGGGGGGGGGACAGAAAAUUUGAAAGCGUGCCAGAAGUUUGUAGACAGGAAAUGAAUAGUUUAUUUCAGACAGCAAAGGUGAAGAACCGGUUUGGUUGUAGUGGUUUUCAGACCCUGGGCUAGAAACGAGGAGAAUGAGAGUUCGAGUCUCGCCUGAGAUACCAAGGCAGCCUGGUGACCUUGGGCCAGCCACUUUCUCUCAGCCCUAGGAAGCCGGCAACGGCAAACCAUGUGGGAGAUCUUGCCAAGUCAACUGCAAGGGCUUGCCUGCAGGAGACAAGGAUGGCUCAAAAGCACAACAAAGAGAACAAGACAUGGACACCUCCAUUGCACUGGCAGCCUUAAGGCUAAAAGGACAUUUAUGUCACAAUUCUUUAUUUUUCUUUUUAAUAAUAACACGAGGGACAUGUCACUCUGCCUACCAAUUCUUCUCCUUCUCUUUCAGCUUCCCAGCUAAUUCAGGACAGGAAAUUCGGCCUCGUGGUUUAAAGAGGCGAAACAGUAUUUUAUGUUUCCAGGGGAGUGGAAUUUUUGUUUCGAACUGGCCCCGCCGGGUUCAGAGCAAGCAUCUCAUUCCUUAGUUUGGUUGAAUCUCAGCUGAGGCUGCCUUGCGAGAGUCUUUGAGAGGGAACUUUGAGGAAAGCUACGGACCGUGUGAAUGGAUCCUCAUUAUCCUAAUGUAUAUUUUUGUAAUUUUAACCUUCCCCAUAACCAUCUGGAUGUGCAUAGAGGUGGUUAUGCAAUAUGAACGAGUGGUCAUUUUUAGGCUGGGCCAUAUACGAAAAGGAGGGUCCAAAGGUCCUGGAGUCUAUUUUAUUUUGCCUCUCCUAGAUUAUGCGGUCAAGGUGGAUAUGCGGACCAUAUCGUUUGAUAUAUCUCCCCAGGAAAUUCUUACCAAAGAUUCAGUGACGAUCAUGGUGGACGGCGUCGUUUAUUACCGGGUUUGGAAUGCUAUUCUUUCCGUCGCCAACGUGCUUUACACAGACCCGGCCACUCGGCUCCUGGCUCAAACCACCUUGAGGAACAUCUUGGGAACCAAAGACCUGGCUCAGAUUCUCUCCGACCGAGAGGAGAUCGCCCAGAGCAUGCAGAUCACCCUGGACAAGGCCACGGACGACUGGGGCAUAAAAGUGGAGCUUGUGGAGAUCAAGGAUGUCAAGUUACCCUUCCAGCUUCAAAGAGCCAUGGCGGCUGAAGCCGAAGCUGCUCGCGAAGCCAGGGCCAAGGUGAUCGCAGCGGAGGGCGAAAUGAACGCCUCACGGGCUCUGCAGAAGGCCGCAGCCAUCAUCUGCGAAAACCCGGCCGCACUGCAGCUUCGCUACCUGCAAACUCUGACCACCAUCGCUGCGGAGAAGAAUUCCACCAUCAUCUUCCCUCUUCCUUUAGACAUAUUGCACGGUUUUAUCCCUCCGAAGCAGUAGCUGCGGUGAGGAAGAAAAAAGAAAGAGACAACAGCUGCUUUCCUUCUCCAAGCCCUUUGAAUAAAAACCUGCGUGCACAUUACACAGAGGUGCCUGUACAACAACCGUCCUCGGCUUUGCAGCUUGGUGGCCCGGCUGGGGUUGGGGGAGAGAGAGGGGAAGCGGACCGCACGAGUUGCGGGGCAGUGCGCACGCGCUCAGCUCAAUUUGCACAAGCAUUGGGAGGCUCGCACACACAUGCAUGCACAACUCAACUUUGGUAAAUCAAGUUGCUCGUGUGUAUGCCAGCCCGCCAUUGUGCGGCCUGGUUCCGAAUAAGCCACGGUCCAGUUCUGGGCUGUCGCCCAGAGGUUUGGGACCACUGUUGUACAAGAUCUAUUUUUUUUCAACUUUUGCACGAAGGUGACCAAAAUGUCAACACAGAGUAGACUCAACAACGGAAAGUCAACCAUUUUGGAUGCCCGACUCUUUUCUUCAUUCCCUCCCUCAAUUCAGUGGGUGCUUGCAUCAAAUGCAGCUAUAGUCCUCAAUGACCCCUUAUGAUCACAAUUUUACCCCAGAAUUUAGGCUUGCGAAGUGAGACAUUUGUUAAGUGAUGUUUGCCCCAUUUUACGAUUUUUCUUGCUGUGUUUGCUACGGGAAUUGCUGUAGUUGUUAAA